AUGAGUGAUCGUAAAGAAACACCGUGUAGGCUUUGCCUUAAAAAUAUAACCGAUGAAAGUUUUGAAGUGGUAGACAACAUUAUCAGAGACAUUCUAGAUGUUCUUUUGCUGAAAUUGAAAUUUGAUAGCGAGAGCAAAGAGGUUAUAUGUAAAGUUUGCAGAAGAAAACUAAAUAAGGCGUCAGAAUUCAAAUCAACAUGUCUGAAUACCGAUUACACAAUUAUUCCUUAUGUGGAUAACGAAAAAAUGUUACAGCUCGACCUAAGAGAAGUGUACAAGCAGGAAAAGGACAGUGAAUUAGUUUGCAGUCAGAAAAUAUGUCGAUUGUGUAUGCACCCAGUAGAAACUGAGUAUAGGUGCAUAGGUGAUGUAGAACUUGAAGCUAUUGAGAAAUUGGUCCCUGAAAUGAAUAUAAAUAUCAUCAAAGAUCCUGUCGUUUGUAAGCAAUGCUUUGAUUCUCUGUGUACUCACAACAGUUUCCUAAAAGAUUGCUCAGAGGUAGAAGAAAGAAAAAGUAUUUUUGGUAGUUCAGCCACAGGAAGUCGGAUAGAUACGUCUCCACUUGAUUUGUUGGUUAAAACUGAAAAUCUGGACAAGGAAUUCGAUAUUAACGAGAUGGAUAUGUCGAUCAAACCUGAAUAUGUGGACAUAAAAUCGGAAGAUGAGGAAAGGAGUGACCCGCCACUUCAGAGCUACAAUAUUGUACCAUUCGAGGAGAGUGACUGUAAAGAUGAAGAAGAGGAUUUAUGUAAACAUGAGAAUGUAUCAGAAGUGAAAACCAAGCAGGAGCGCAAAGUGUUGUAUAAAUGUGAGUCUUGUGAAUACGAAACUGAAAAUGAGAAAUUACUUCAGAGGCACCUGUUGAGACAUAAAGAUCCUUUGCAGAUUCAAAUAAGAAAGUUAAAUGCCGCGUUAGAAUUUAAGUCAACAUGUCUGAAUACCGAUAACACAAUUAUUCCUUAUGUGGAUAGCGAAAAAAUGUUACAGCUCGAUUUGAGGGAAGUGUACAUGCAGGAAAAGAAAAGUGAAUUAGUUUGCAGUCACAAAAUAUGUCGAUUGUGUAUGCACCCAGUAGAAAAUGAGUUUAGGUGCGUACAUGAAGUGGAACUUGAAGCUAUUGAGAAAUUGGCUCCUGAAAUGAAUAUAAAUAUCAUCAAAGAUCCCGUCGUUUGUAAGCCAUGUUUCGAUUGUCUGUGUACCCACAACAGUUUCCUUAAAGAUUGUUCAGAGGUAGAAGAAAAAAUUAAAAGUACUCUUGAUAGUUCAGCCAGAGGAAGUCAAAUAGAUAUGUGUUCGCUUGAUGUAUUCGUUAAGACUGAAAACCUGGACAAGGAAUUCGAUAUUAACGAGAUGGAAAUGUCUAUCAAAGCUGAAAGUAUCGACAUAAAAUCGGAAGAUGAGGAAAGGAGCGGCACGCCACUGGAGAGCUCCACUAUUGUACCAUUCGAGGAGAGUGACUGUAAAGAUGAAGAUGAGGAUGGAUGUAAACAUGAGAAUGCGUCAGAAGUGAAAGCCAAGCAGGCGCGCAAAGUAUUGUACAAAUGUGAUGAAUGUAUUUACGAAACUAGAAGUGAGAUCCGUUUUACGAUACACUGUGCGAGACACAAGAACAAUUUAGAAGCGUAUAAGUGUGAAUCCUGUGAGUACGAAACUGAAAAUGAGAAAUUACUUCAGAGGCACCUGUUGAGGCACAAAGAUCCUUCACAGGUUCAAAUCGAUACGCCACUGCAGAGCUCUGAUGUUGUACGUUUCAAGGAGGGUGACUGUAAAGAUGCAGUAGACGAUGGAUGUAAACAUGAGAAUAGAUCAGAAACGAAAACCAAACAGGAGCACGACGUAUUGUACAAAUGUGAUAAACGCAUUUAUGAAACUAGAAGUAAGAUCCGUUUUGCGACACACUGUGUGAGACACGAAGACGAUUUGGAAGAAUACAAGUGUGAAAGAUGCGAAUAUGUAACUGAAAAUGAGAGAUUACUUCAAAGACACCAGUUAAGGCAUAUAGAUUGUUGCGACACGCCACUUCAGAGCUCCAAUAUUGUACCAUUCGAGGAGAGUGACUGUAAAGAUGAAGAAGAGGAUGGACUUAAACAUGAGAAUGCAUCAGAAGUGAAAACCAAGCAGCAGCGCAAAGUAUUGUACAAAUGUGAUGAAUGUAUUUACGAAACUGAAAGUGAGAGCAGUUUCAUGGAACACUGUGCGAGACACGAGAACGAUUUGGAAAAGUAUAAAUGUCAGUCCUGUGAGUACGAAACUGAAAAUGAAAAAUUACUUCAGAGGCACCUGAGGCUAAGGCAUAAAGAUCCUUUGCAGACUCAAAAGUACAAGUGUAAAGACUGCGAUUUCAAAACUAAAUACAAGAGUUCCAUCAAACUGCACCAACUGAUGCAUAAAGAUCCUUCACAGCCAUGGAAUAAUGGCGAUGUUAUUUCGUCCAUCUCUAUUCUAUUCCUAACCAACCACAAACGUCAACAAUGCCACAGAAUUAUAUAA